GCUGGAGGUUGAUGUCACUUGCAGCAGAGUCUUCAGGACAGGACUGAGCUGGUCAGAGAGAAAACACACUGAAGGGCGAUGUUUCAGCUAACAACAGCUUGUUUAUGGACGCUGUGGAAAGCCUGUUGUUGUUGAUACAAGUCCACUGAGCUUGUAGCUGGAAAAGGUUGAAGGCAGCCUCAUCGCCGCAGUAUUUUUUAGAUCACUUCUGAAAGGAAUAACACAGAAAAAUGUCGUCUCCAAGUCCGGGCAAGAGGCGAAUGGAUACCGACGUGGUGAAACUCAUCGAGAGCAAACACGAGGUCACCAUCCUCAGCGGACUCAAUGAGUUUGUGGUGAAGUUCCACGGACCACCGGGAUCGGCAUAUGAAGGAGGCGUGUGGAAGGUCCGAGUAGACCUACCAGAUAAAUAUCCCUUUAAAUCCCCGUCUAUAGGGUUCAUGAAUAAAAUCUUUCAUCCCAACAUCGACGAAGCGUCAGGAACUGUGUGUUUAGAUGUCAUCAACCAGACGUGGACGGCGCUCUACGACCUCACCAACAUCUUCGAGUCGUUCCUCCCCCAGCUGCUCGCCUACCCCAACCCCAUCGACCCUCUGAAUGGAGACGCGGCGGCGAUGUACCUGCACAGACCGGAGGACUACAAGCACAAGAUCAAAGAGUACAUCCAGAGGUACGCCACGGAGGAGGCUCUAAAGGAGCAGGAGUUGGCAGGCGGUGACUCCUCUUCAGAGAGCUCCAUGUCGGACUUUUCCGAGGACGAGGCUCAGGACAUGGAGUUGUAGUGAAAGGGGGGGAGACGACGCCCCCUUUCACCUCACAACAGACUAUAUCAUGUCCCAAAGAGCAGGAGCAGCUCACUACUAUAUUCAUAUGAAAAGACAAUUUUUUACAGCGACAUGAGGAUUUUUAUCUCUACACGAGGAUCUGCAGAAUAUAAAACCCUUAGAUAGGAGUUCAUGACCACCUGCCCUUCACCCUCCUCUUCACCUCCUACAGAAGCCUGUUUGGAUCAGAAAGGAGUGCGUCAUUCAUUCUCAUGGUCUGAAGAGGUUUUUAUCAUGGCUUUCACACUGUCAUCCAAUCACAGCUGUUUACACUCACUUUCCUAUUUGGAUCAACCAGCCACACCUCCUUCUCUCCCCAUUUUCAUUUCACAAUUUUCCUGCAUCCCCAGGCCAGCAGAGGACCGCAUGAUUACUAACACUGAUUCAAAAAAAAUGUGUGAAUUUCAAGUUAGAUUUUUUUUUUUGACACCGAGGAGCCGCUGUUACAAUCAUCACUUCCUCUCUUGAGUACCCAGAAGGCCACAGUGCGAUCAUGUGAUCAUCGUGGUGCACAGGCUGGACCGGACUAACCCUCCGUGCAAAAAAAACACGAUGACUCAUCUACACACACUAUUGAACAACUAGUGCAUCCGCCAUGAUCUCAGUUUGAGUGUGUGUGCAAGCAUGUGUGUGUGUGUGUGUGUGUGUGUGUGUGUGUGUGUGUGCAUGAAUGAAAUCCACAGAGAAUCAGAGUGUUUAGAUAACUUGUGUUGUAACCCUGAUGCCCAGAAAAAGAAGGUUCACAAUCCUUACCAUCCCCCCCCCCCCCCCCCCCCGUUCUAGGAAAGUCGUUGUCAUUCUCCGUGUAUCUUUGUAUAUUGUGGCAUGACACUGAAGUGAAGUUGUGUAGGUAAUGUGUAGACAUGUGGAGGAGGCCGGAUUGGGUUUUUUUUUUUUUUCCAGCAGUUAUCUCUCAGUUGAAUAUUGAACUUCUGAUCUCUGACUAUUGUUUGUGUUGAACUAUAACAUGUCUCUGACUUUGCUUAGGGAUAGUGACUUUAUUUUCUUAUUUUUGCAGGUUUGGUACGCCUGUCAUAACAUUUGAUUUUUUAUCCUUACAUAACUCGCUAGUUUUUACGGACUAACAGUCUUGUAAAAAAAAAAAGAAGAGGAGAAUGAAAAAUGUCUUUGUUGAAUCAAAUACUCCAAAGAAAUGUGGCAACCCCAUGAUCCCACUGCCCCCCCCCCCCCCCCCCCCCCUUCUUAUGCAAACGUGUCCAUUUAGAAAAUGAUUUAUGUUGGCAGACAAAAAGUGCUCUUUGUUUAAAAGCCAUUCGACGCUGGUUGCAUCUACUGUGUCACGCUGUUGAUGGCCUGUUUUCUAAAUGUCGGGACCAAUUUCUAACCGAUCUAUGAGCCUAGUUUCUUUUUUUAAAAAUAAAAACAUCGGGGGAAUCCUACUCAGUGUGGAUAUAAAGAUAAGACGUUUACACUGAGGUUAAAUAAAAAGUUAAGUUUAAGUCCAUCUUCGAGUAAUUCAAACUUAAAUUCAGGUUUCUUCUUCUCCGUUUGUCCUGUUUAGCCCUUUGUAAAGGUGUGUGUGCCUGUAAUGGAGGAGGUGUUACUGCAGCAGUGACAGUUUACUGUUAAAUUUCAUGACGUUGUGCCGCUCUGUGUUGAAGCUCGGGCGUGAUGCAUCUUGAAGAUAAAGUUGUGUUAUAUCUGAGAGGAAACCUUACCUUACUUAAUUGCCAACAAAAUGGGCUUUGUCUCCUUGUUUUGAAAAAGUCAUUCUAAUAGAAAAUGGAAGUAAAGAUCCCUUUAUAAUCCCUUUAUACUUCUUCCAUUAGGUGUUUGAAGAGGUUUUUUUUUUUCUUCAUUUGAGAGUUGGUAAAUGUAGUUUGUCACAGUUUUGACAUGGCAUGAAAACGUGUCAUUAUAUAGCGUAGCCUUGGUAACCAAAUCUAUGUUGGUGUAGGUCUUAGGACUACAUGAUGUCACAGUUAACAUAGUCAUUUCAGUAACAAACCACUGUCCAGCCUUGUUAAUUGUCCUGAUCUGAAAUCAUCAGUGUAUAAUGUAUUUUUAUUAUUAUUAUUAUUAUUAUUAUUGUAUUGAGACACAUAUAUUAGAUGGCUAUAAUUUGUUUGACUGUUUUUAUUUUUUGGUCUUUUUAGCCCUGUGGGAUAGAAGUCAAGAUAACCCUGAUUUUUUUAAAAGUGCAAAAAAUAAAUAAAUGUGCUUCCCUUGUAACUUGAAGAAAGAAAUAAACAAAAAAUAUACAAA